ACCAGCAGCAGCAAAAGCAAGACUCCUGCGCCGCCGACUACAAGAGGGUUAAAAGUGUAGAUUGGAUUUCACCCCGGGAAAUCUAGCACACGGAGUGAACUUGAAUCUUUGGCUAUUUAAGGAGGACUGGGGUUUGUUGUGAAGUUGUGGUGAUCCAGGGCAGAGCCCCGUCCUGAUUGAUUUCAUCUUCCUUGAGUCUCAGAUGACUGUAAAAUGAAUAGAUGAAAUUAUUCCUUUUUGAGGCUUUUCUUAGGGGCUCUCCGGGCAGCGUGUUCUCAAAGCGAAGUCAUGAUGUAUUCUCCAAUCUGUCUCACUCAGGAUGAAUUUCACCCGUUCAUUGAGGCACUUCUUCCACAUGUCCGUGCAAUUGCCUAUACGUGGUUCAACCUUCAGGCUCGAAAACGCAAGUACUUUAAAAAGCAUGAGAAACGAAUGUCAAAGGACGAGGAAAGAGCAGUCAAGGAUGAGCUACUUAGUGAGAAGCCCGAAAUUAAGCAGAAGUGGGCAUCCAGGCUCCUUGCCAAGCUUCGCAAAGAUAUUCGCCAAGAGUUCCGGGAGGAUUUUGUGCUCACGGUGACUGGGAAGAAGCACCCAUGCUGUGUAUUGUCCAAUCCUGACCAGAAGGGUAAGAUUAGGAGAAUUGACUGCCUGCGACAGGCUGACAAAGUCUGGCGUCUGGAUCUAGUCAUGGUGAUCCUAUUCAAAGGCAUCCCCUUGGAAAGUACGGAUGGAGAGCGACUCAUGAAAUCCCCACAUUGCACAAAUCCAGCACUUUGUGUCCAGCCACAUCACAUAACAGUAUCAGUCAAGGAGCUUGAUUUGUUUUUGGCAUACUACGUGCAGGAACAAGAUUCUGGACGAUCAGGAAGCCCGAGCCACAAUGAUCCUGCCAAGAAUCCACCAGUGUAUCUUGAAGAUAGUUUUGUAAAAUCUGGAGUGUUCAACGUGUCAGAACUUGUGAGGGUAUCCAGAACACCUAUAACCCAGGGAACUGGUAUGAACUUCCCAAUUGGAGAGCUUCCGAGCCAGUCAUAUUAUCAUGACAUGAACUCAGGUGUAAAUCUACAGAGGUCACUGUCCUCUCCACCAAGCAGCAAGCGUUCCAAAACUAUUUCCAUAGAUGAGAAUAUGGAACCAAGCCCAACAGGAGACUUUUAUCCUUCACCAAACUCACCAGCUGCUGGGAAUCGGACAUGGCAUGAAAGAGAUCAAGAUAUGUCUUCUCCUACAGUGAAGAAAGCUGAAAAGCCUUUGUUUAGUCCUACAUCUCCCCAGGAUUCUUCACCAAGACUGAGCACUUUUCCCCAGCAUCACCAUCCAGGAAUCCCAGGAGUUGCACACAGUGUCAUCUCAACUAGAACUCCACCUCCACCUUCACCAUUGCCAUUUCCAGCACAAGCUAUUCUCCCUCCUGCCCCAUCUACCUACUUCUCUCAUCCAACAAUCAGAUAUCCUCCCCACCUGAAUCCUCAGGAUACUCUGAAGAAUUAUGUACCUUCUUAUGAUCCAUCCACUCCUCAGACUAGCCAGAAUGUCAUAUUCCAGCAUGUAGAUACUAUAGUGAUGGGCAUUCUGGAAAACUGUAAGAUAGUGCCUGGCCAUUUUACUCCAGUUUUGGCACCCUCUCCCCAUCACAGUGCGGUGCGACCUGUGACCCUGACCAUGACAGAUGCUAAACCCAUCACUACAGCCACUGAAGGUGAGGCAUCUUCACCUGCAGCAACCACCUAUACAGCUUCAGGCACAUCCCAAGCCAAUCGAUAUGUGGGACUGAGCCCCAGAGACCCAUCCUUCCUACACCAGCAACAGCUGAGGAUUUGUGACUGGACCAUGAAUCAAAACGGCAGGCAUUUAUACCCCAGUGCCCGUGAGGAUACAUUGGGAAUUACUUGGCAAAGUCCUGGUACCUGGGCUAGCUUGGUUCCUUUUCAAGUAUCAAAUAGGACACCGAUCCUGCCAACAAAUGUCCCAAAUUAUGGUUUGAACAUAAUUGGAGAGCCUUUCCUUCAAGCAGAAACAAGAAACUGAGGGAAAAAUGAAAUAAAAGAAAAAUUAAAAAGAAAAAAAAGGAAGGAAGACAGAACAAAAAAUAAAACUGAAGAAAGAAGAAAAACAGACCAUCAACUGCAGCAUUUACAAUCACUAAUUCCCUUAUGGUUGAAACUAAUGAAAUUCAGAGGGUCGAUGAUAUUUCACUGAUGGGUAGAAUGCAGCCCCUGCUAAGUAGCCUUUGUUAUAUGAAGUCCGCUGGGAAAUAGAUGCUCUGUCUCUGACAAUAUAUUUUAACUGACUUUCUAGAUGCCUUAAUAUUUGCAUGAUAUCUAGUUUUAUUGAUUUAGUAUUCUUGUUGUUUACACAUGGGAUCAUUAUUCCUGGUUAUCUCACAAAACAAAGGCUAGGCGGCAGCAAAGGAGCUGCAGGAGAACAAGUUUAAAAAAUAAGUUCAGUAGUCUUUAGUUUAAGUAUGGUUUUAUUAAACUUUGGUCCUUAACCCAGCCUUUUCUAGUGUGUUACUGAGUUUGAAAUUUUCAGUCAGUACAAACAUACAGAGUCUAUGGAAGAAAUGCCUCUAUAUAGGUAAAAGUGUUUUCUCUCC